AUGGCCGCCCACACGCCCUCAGAGACAAUGGCUCUCGAGGACGCGCCGAGUGCGUCGGCCUCGAGCACCACGCCGUGGGCCACGCCGACCACCACGCAGGAGCCGGAAAACACGCCCCGCGAUGCCUCUGAGCAGCCGGACCAGGACCAGCCCAGCCCCGCCGACCAUGGCAACGACGCCUCAGCGCCGCGGCCCCAGGUGCCCAUGCAGAAGCGCCGCCGCGUCACCCGCGCCUGCGAUGAGUGCCGGCGCAAGAAGAUCAAGUGCGAUGGCAAGCAGCCGUGCACCCAUUGCACCGUCUACAGCUACGAGUGCACCUACGACCAGCCCUCCAACCGCCGCCGCAAUGCGGCCCCGCAGUACGUCGAGGCGCUGGAGAACCGCAUGAAGCGCGCCGAGGCCCUGCUGGGCGCCAUCCUGCCCAACGUAGACCUCGACGACCCGGCCCUCGUAGCAAGCUUGCAGGAAGGUGUGCUGCCUCCCCUCCCCCAGGCCCAGCCCCAGGCCCGCCCCUUCGCGGCGCCAGACAGCCAGACGGCCGACCGCCCGAUGCGCGUCGACACCAUGAACCCGCAAGCCCAGUCCGAGGAAGGACAGCUCGAGUCGAUGGUGCGCGCCACCGGCCAACUCGACCUUGAUGAACACGGCUACUGGGACUACCACGGCCACUCGUCCGGCUUGAGCUUCGAUUCACCUGCUACUGUCGACAAUGCUGUGCCCGGUGGUGCCGAGCUGCCGUCUAAGGAGAAAGCCCGAGAACUGUGCGACACCGCUCUCAACGAUGCCAGCGCCCUGUUACGUGUUGUGCAUCUGCCCAGCUUCUGGAAGAGCUUUGAGACGCUGUAUAGCAAGUCGCCUGAAGAAUAUGGUGCUUCCGAGAAUAGUUUCCUGCCCUUGCUGUACACCGUCCUCGCCCUAGGAACCCUGUUCUCACGCACCUCUGAGGACCUGGACGAGGUAGGCUACGAGAACGCCAUUAACCAAGGCGUUCAAUACUUCAAGGCCGCCCGCAACAUCCUGGACAUUGCCAUGUGCCGUGAUCUGCAUGCGCUCCAGGCUGUCAUCUUCAUGAUUCUGUUUCUGCAAUCUUCUGCCAAGCUAUCCACUUGCUACGCCUACAUUGGGAUUGCCCUCCGCUCUGCCCUGCGCAUGGGCUUGCACCGUUCUAUGAACGACCGGUUCAACCCCAUCGAGAAUGAGACUCGUAAGCGAAUUUUCUGGGUCAUCCGCAAGAUGGAUAUCUACGUAGGAGCGCUCCUGGGAUUGCCUCAUACCAUGAGCAACGAGGAUGUUGAUCAGGAACUACCGGCUGAGCUUGAUGACGAGUACAUUACGGAGACUGAAUAUUUGACUCAGCCUCCUGGCCACGUUUCUCUCAUCACUGCUUGCAAUGCGCAUACUACUCUUAUUGACAUCCUCGCCAAAGUAGUCCGUGUCGUUUACCCCAUCAAGGGCAAGACGCACAUCCUCCAGGGACAGAAGAUAAUGUCCUACACUGUCUCUUACGCUGACAUCAGGGAACUCGAGAGAGACCUUCAGCAGUGGAUGGAGCACCUGCCGAUGGCACUGAAGCCUGGUGGGGAGGCAUCCAUCCUCGUCACUCGCGUACGGCAGCUUCUUCGCAUGGCAUAUGCUCAUACGCAAAUGAUGCUUUACCGUCCAUUCGUUCACUACGUUUCGAAGUCGCCUACCUGCGCCUCCCUGGAUAAACGCGCGUACGCCUGUGCAUCCGCCUGCAUCAGCGUGUCCCGGAACAUCAUCCACAUCACUGCCGAGAUGAAAAAGAGAGGGAUGCUCAAUGGUUGCUAUUGGUUCACAAUGUAUACGACGUUCUUCUCCAUCAUGACUCUCGUCUACUUCGCUCUCGAAAACCCGGAGUCUCCCACGAGUCAGGACGUGCUGAAAGAGGCAUACGAAGGAAAGGAUGUCUUGGAAGGUCUUGCCAAGCGGAGCAUGGCCGCAGAUAGGUGCACGAGCACCCUCAGGGCUGUGUUUGACCAGCUGCCGGAACGCAUUCAGCGCGGCCGAGAGCUGGCACUUGCUGCCGCGAGUCGCAAGCGUCGACAAGCCCCGUCACCCCAGCCCGAUGACAAGUCUAUGUCCGGUCUAUCCGAGCCAGACUUACAUGAUGUUCAGGCAAUUCCUCCUCGGCGUGCCAACACGUUUCCGAAGAACCUUGAAGAUCCUCGUGCGAGAGGCUCGUUCCGCCCUAGCUUUCCUCAGCCUCCGGAUCUCGACGACUCGCCGCAGAGCCAGUUUGGGGCUGGGACUGCCCUGCCUCACAGCAUGCCCACGACGCACAGCUUUUACCCGCAGGGCGUGCAGCACAAUAUGACGCCAUCUCCAGUGUUCCGGCAGGCACAACAUUCGCAGAUGCCCCAGUUCGGUUUUCUGCCCGCACACAACACGUUUAUCGACCGCAUCAAUGGGUUCAACCCUCCGAUUCCUGACCUCAGCGCGAUGAUGUUCCCGUCCGGUGACCCGCUUGCUUACCCGAACCAACCUAUGACGACUUUUGAGAAUAACGGGUUCAGCAGCAUCAAUAGGGUUGGCGAAGCUGCCAACGCCUUCCUCGCAUUCAGCGGAUCGGGGGGCGCCGGAACACCCGUCUCCAACCGCAGCGCCGGCAGUAACAGGAACUCCGGAAUCUUCGGCAUGCCGCCCAACGCCGCCCCACGUGCGGACCCCCACACGGUGGACGUCGAACUCCACAACCCGAGCCCCUUCAUCUUCGCUGCCGGAACCCAGUUUGGCAUGAACGCUGGCGCGAUGCACGCACCGCAUCCGCACGGACGCCAAAUGUUUGGGGCUGGUGUGGGAAUGCAGGAUGGCAUGGCGGCAACGAGCGGGGCAGGCAUGGGUGGACCAAUGGCGAUGGCCGGCACGGGGUCCAUGAACAUCGAUGAUCUCUUCACGGGAGAGGAAUGGGCGGGAAUGUUUGCUGAACAGGGAAGUGGCAUGGGUCAGGGUCAGGGGAUGGGCUUCGGGUUCCGCUAG